UAUAUAUAUAUAUAUAUACAUAUAUACAUAUAUACAUAUAUACAUAUAUAUACAUACAUACAUAAAUAUACACGUGUGUAAACAAACUUAUUUUGGAUGCGAUUAAUUUGUUUGACAGCACUCAUUUAAAUCUGAUAAAGAAUUUCAUACACACAAUAGUAAAUGAAGCCUUGGGUUGGAGUAGGAAAUCCUGUAAUAGCCAAACAAAUAUGCAGUUGUGAGAGGCUAGGACUUGUUCAACUGGUCUAUUAGAAUAGAAGUAGGUAAAAUGUUCAUAGAUUCAGAACUGUAACUUUAUAUAAGGCAUAAAUGAAACCAUAAGAAGAACAAAGUUAUCCAAAAGAAAUGCACAUCUGAUUUAGCUCUUUACUGUGCAUCAUUUUCUCACUUUUCGACAGCUUUUCCACAAUCUUUGCCGAAUAAAAUUUGAGAAUGCAAUAAAUGCAGUAUGUAUUAUCUUACAAUGCAAAUUAUUUUGAUCAAGUGUCUAAUAUUUUGCUUUAAUGCUCACUUCCAUGUAUGUGUUUCUCAUAUCUAUUUGUGAAUAAAGGCAACAUGAUGGUUAUUUAAGAAUUUACCUGUGUCGUGGAUUUGUUUACCUCACUGCACAGCAGUUCUUAAAUCUUCUUACCCUCAUAUUCCUCGAACACGCACACAAGAAAACUGACUAUUAAUGCGCCCUCCUCUGCUCAAAAAGAAAGCCUGCAUCCAUCCCCCCUUUUCAGGAAAGAGUUCCAGCGGAUGUACCACGCCACGUGCUGUAGGAGCACGCGGAUCCUGUAGCAAUUUGGCGCGCUUUGUGUUUGAAUUUGAACAGCGUUCCGACGUUCCAGUCAACUGUUUGACGACUGAAUUGUUGCAGUAUUAUAAAAAAAUGAUAGUACCAUCAGUAACGUUGAUGUCAGGAGUGCAGAUGCCACUUUUGGGUUUGGGCACAUACAAGCUCCAGGACCAUGAACAGCUGAAACAGUCGGUCAGUUCUGCUCUUCAAGCAGGAUACAGAGCCUUUGACACAGGUGCGGUUUAUGGAAAUGAGGCACAUCUAGGGCAAGUCCUCAAAGAGCUGCUGCCCAAGUAUGGCCUAAGCCGUGAAGAUGUGUUCAUUAUCAGCAAGCUUGCCCCAUUAGACCAUGGCCCGAGGGCAAAGCAAGGCUGCCUGAGGAGUCUGGAGCAACUAGACUGUGAAUACAUCGACCUCUAUCUAGUGCACUGGCCUGGGGUGGAGGGUCUUGACCCAGGGGAUUCUCGUCAUUCAGAGUAUCGAGCGCAAAGCUGGGCGACCCUAGAGGAGUUCUACGCCAACGGCCGAUUCAAGGCAAUAGGGGUCUCAAACUACACUGCAGAGCACAUUAGGGAGCUGCUCUUGAGUUGCCGCGUACCCCCAGCGGUCCUUCAGAUUGAGUGUCAGCCGAAGCUGAUCCAGAGGGAACUGAGGAAUUUAUGUACAGAGACAGGCAUUCACUUCCAGGCCUACUCUUCGCUGGGUAAAGGAGCUCUCCUGAGGGAGCCUGAGGUAAUGGAUAUAGUGAGGAGCUGUGGUCGGACCCCUGCCCAGGUUCUCCUGAGGUGGGCUGUGCAGCAAGGCAUCUCGGUUCUGCCUCGCUCCUCACAGCCGUGCAGAGUGCAGGAGAAUGCACAGGUGUUUGACUUCCAGCUAAGUGAGAUGGAUAUAAUAAGGCUGGAUGCCCUGAACUGCGGAACAAGGUUUUGUAAACGAGACUCGAGCAAAAUAGCUUAAGCUUGAAAAUAUAACAGUUUCUUUAUUGAUCCCAAGGUAAAAUUAAUGUAAAAUUCAGCAAAUUUAAUUAUCAUUGUAAAUAUGAUGUGAUGCUUUGUUUUAGUAGUUUAAUAAUAAAUAAAUAAAAAUGCAAUAU